UAUUAUGUACAGAACCACGCAUCGGACAUUCUUAUGCAAAUUUUGAAUUUCACGAAGGGAUUGUUAGAGAAGCCUAGAGGGAGACGGGCAGAAACUGGUCGCUAGAAUACCUAGAAGAGACUUUUUUAUUCACACAAACAACCAUGGAUCGUAGAAGGAGAUGUCCUAAAGAAGAAGAUGUUCGCGUCUUGUUGUGUUUACUUUUCAUCAAUAUUAUUGUCAACACGUCUGAAGCCUGUCCAUCAAUAUGCCGUUGUGGGACAACAAAUCGUCUAGUGGCAGUCAACUGCGAAAGCAAAAGUUUACGAGAAUUUCCUGUCAACAUUAGUCGGGAUACCCAAUUACUGAGGUUCCGCGGAAAUGAUAUAAUAAGGUUGCCAUCAAAUUUCCCGACGCUUUGGCCAAAUACAGCGACAUUGAGCAUCGAAAAUAAUAAAAUCCAAAGACUUCCAGAUGGAAUAUUUGCAAACUUAAAGAAUCUUCAAGAAAUAUUUAUGUCAAACAAUCGGAUACAAUCCGUUGGGAAGAGAUUGUUUGCUAACACGGGAACAAGUUUAGGGAUAAGAUUUUACCUAGAGAACAACCUUCUUGAAGAUGUUGCAGAGGGAGUGUUUGAAAACUGUACUUCGACCGUAACUGUCCAUUGGAAUUUAAAUCGUAUCAAGGUGCUACGACCAGGAGUUUUUGCAAGAGCCGAAGGAAUUAGUUACUUAAAUUUGGAAGACAAUAUGAUAGAAAAUUUGUCCGCUGGAGCAUUCAAAGACCUCAGUAAACUUUACUAUCUGGGUCUCGGAAGCAACCACCUCUCAAUUCUUCCGUCUGGAGUCUUCCAAGGACUGCACCGAGUCGAGACUUUGACAUUGCAGAAAAACAAAUUGUCAUCUCUACCGUCAGAUGUCUUCAAAGACUUAUCAGUUGUCAAAGAAAUAAACCUGGAAUCAAAUUUGUUUUCGGAGCCCCCAGUUGAUGUGAUUCGCUCACUGCCAAGUUUUACCAAAAUAAAACUAAAGUCAAACCCAAUCAAAUGCACGUGUAAGCUGAAAAGUGAUCUGGCAGACGAGGCAAUCCGCAGCAUAAUAUCAGACUUGGAUGUAACUCGAUGUGUCAAUAUGAACAAGACGAUGUUGGAAGCAAUAACAGCCGUUAAUUGUGUAACAGAACCAACCCCGACUACCCCUGUGCAACCAACAACUGCAAAAACAGGUGACUCGACCAAGAGGAAGAAUUCGAAUGAACUCCUUGAUCGGACGUCAGCAAAGAUUCCCUCUACAACCGAAAAGGUUUACACAAAUGUUUAUCCUGCAAGAGAUGAUUACGAAAACAAGACCCCGCUGCCACUAAUAAUUGGAGUCGCGAUUGGCGGUGUCAUUCUAGUUGUUGUCAUCGUUUUGUUUGUCUAUCUUUACAGAAGGCCUAUUGUUCGAAGGGCCUCCACAAUGUCCCUGCCCCGCAAGAAGAAGACAGAGAAAAGUAACGCAAGUAAAGAUAUACACUACAAAAAAUCUCCUUUUAACGACUAUUCUACGGACUAUAAUAUUUAGAGAAUAGCCUGGAUAUUUUUAAAGAAACUUCGUCAUGUUGCUGGUCCAUCAGAUGGCGUUUCUGCAGUUCAAAUGUUUGAGAAGAGUUGCUAGUGCUCUGGGCUCCGCUUCUGAACAGAAUGGGAUCUCCGGUUUUGAAUGACUGUAGAGAAUGCUUUAUUUUAAGAGCUGAUGCUAUGGAGUAAAGGGGAGUUUUUUCUCUUCGACAAAGAAUAACAAUGCAGAAGCUGAAGUCUGUAAUAUUUAGACAUUAGAUAUUAUGAAUGCGGUCAAGCUAUGGAUACCGGACACUCGCUGGCCGCCCGCGUUCUUUGGCCCGGACAUUUUUAUGAUAUCUUUAGAUUGCUAUUUACCGAAAGGAACAUCAACUGCCCGUGCGAUUGUUUUAUGGGAAAUUGCAUUUCGCUUAGAUUAUACAAUUACAAAAAAGGUGUUACUCAUUUUAGAAUUCGUAGAGGAUGAAUUGGCACAUUUGUUUUGCCACUAUAUAAACUUAAUUCACUCAUAUGAGGGGCCCAAUUUAUGGAUAAUAUUUAAUAAAUCAAAUAAGUACGAAAAUAUAAGUAACAUUUAAUACAAAAACCAAAGCAAUAGCAAAAUAUAGAAAGAUUCUUUUUCAAUGUCGCUGGGACAUUGACAGAGUGAUCAGGGUUAACCAUCCCCUUCACCGUUGCCCGGCAUCCUAACUUGCAUCAAAUAUUUUCAAGAGAGGCAAGCCUCGUUGACGAGAUUAAACCGUAGCUAAUUGGCGGCGUCGAAAUGAGCCCAAUUUAAUUUGAUGUGCGACGCAUUACACACUCAUUUCUUAGCCCCUGCCUUAGAUCCCUGGAACCAUUAACUAUGAAGAAUCAAAAAGGACUCUCAACUGCUACAUGAUUUACCCCCCCCCCUCUCCAGAGCCAUGCCUUGUCGCCAGUCACUACAUGAUUUGCUUUCCACCUCACCUUUUAACCACUCAGUUAGAAUCGGUAUGCAAGACACCUUCAAGAUCGACCGUUGUACAUAGAUUGUAUUGUUAGUUAUAUACGUCUCGUUAGACUCUAAACCCAUAAACAUUUUUACGUUCGUACGUUUGCCUCCAGUUUUCGUGUCUUUAAGCUGCAUUUAAUUGUUUCAGAUUUGCGCUGUGUCUUAUUAAGAAUAUUAAAUAGCAAUUGUAAA